GGAGAGAAGCCGGGCCAGCGUUGGCGGCGGCGGCGGCGGCUCCUCGGAAGGGGAAGAGCCCCCGGGAGACGGACGCGGGUGACAACUUUCGUUUCUUCCCGGGAGAGCGAGGGAAGCGCAGGAGAGAGGUUGGGGAAAAGCUCUCAGUCUCCCGUAAAGCUGCCCGUGCGAGGGUGCCGAGGUAAAAAAAGGAUGAUGUAAUGCAGGGGUAGCCCGAAAGCAUCCUUUGUUGGAGUCGUGAAAUGGUUACUCCAGUCAUCUCUUUAUGAAUCAAAUGUGAGGGGCCGCUUUGUGGAAUGAGCCUUUUGUAACAGCAGAUCCACGGGAAAGAGAAAGAGACAUUCACUUGGAGGACUCUAGCUGAAAAUGGGUUUAAGUUUCAUUUUGCCAGUCGCUACCAGGCUGACCUCAUACAUCUUGGGCACAAUGGAGUGGCUAAACCUUUGAGUACACAACCAUUACAUCAUCGUUGCAAAUUAAAAGGGAGGUAAUAAAAGAGGACUGAUUGUUGACAUGGCUGAUGAGAUGACUGGGACUCCAAUUGUUACCGAGAGGUUGGUGGCUCUGCUCGAAAGUGGAACCGAGAAAGUCCUCCUAAUUGAUAGCCGGCCCUUUGUGGAAUACAAUACGUCCCACAUUUUGGAAGCCAUUAAUAUCAACUGCUCCAAGCUGAUGAAGCGCAGGCUCCAGCAGGACAAAGUGUUCAUUACGGAGCUCAUCCAGCACUCUGCCAAACACAAGGUUGACAUUGAUGGCAAUCCAAAGGUGGUGGUAUAUGAUCAAAGCUCUAAAGAUGUCGCCUCUCUCGCUUCCGACUCUUUUCUGACUGUACUCCUGGGUAAACUGGAGAAGAGCUUCUCCUCUGUGCACCUCCUUGCAGGUGGGUUUGAUGAGUUCUCCCGUUGCUUCCCCGGCCUCUGUGAAGGAAAAUCUUCGUUAGUCCCUACCUGCAUUUCUCAGCCCUGCCUACCCGUCACCAACACUGGGCCAACCCGAAUUCUACCGAAUCUUUAUCUCGGCUGCCAGCGAGAUGUCCUCAACAAGGAGCUGAUGCAACAGAAUGGGAUUGGUUAUGUAUUAAAUGCCAGCAAUACCUGUCCAAAGCCUGACUUCAUCCCCGAGUCUCACUUCCUGCGAGUGCCAGUGAAUGACAGCUUUUGUGAGAAAAUUUUGCCAUGGUUAGACAAAUCAGUCGAUUUCAUUGAGAAAGCAAAAGCUUCCAAUGGAUGUGUGUUGGUACAUUGCUUAGCUGGAAUUUCUCGAUCGGCCACAAUUGCUAUUGCCUACAUCAUGAAGAGGAUGGAUAUGUCCUUAGAUGAAGCCUACAGAUUUGUGAAAGAAAAAAGGCCAACUAUUUCUCCAAACUUCAAUUUUCUGGGCCAACUGCUGGACUAUGAGAAAAAGAUUAAGAGCCAGACUGGAGCCCUGGGUACAAAAAGCAAGCUUAAAUUUCUGCACCUAGAGAAAGCAAGUGACUUUGUGGCCACGGUUUCAGAAGGUGCCCAGAAGAGUGAAACCUCCAUUGGUACCAACUCUGCUACCUCAGAUCCCAUGGGGCAGAGGUCCGUGCACCCUGCAAGUCUUCCAGGCAUGCAGCUAGCAGCAUUUGAGGAUAGUCCUCUGGUACAGGGAAUCAACGGACUCCACAUGUCUUCAGAUACACUAGAAGACAGCAACAAACUCAAGCGUUCUUUCUCUCUAGAUAUCAAAUCCAUUUCGUACUCCUCUAGCAUGGCGGCCUCUUUACAUAGUUUCUCCUCAUCGGAGGAGACCCUGGAAUACUACAAACCCUCCAGCGCAUUGGAUGGAAGCAGCAAGCUGUGCCAGUUCUCUCCAGUUCAGGAAGUGUCUGAACAGACCCCAGAGACCAGCCCAGACAAGGAGGAAGCCUCCAUCCCCAAGAAGACCCAGACUCCUUGGCAGUCGGAAAGCCAGAACAAGAGGCUGCACCCUGGAAGAAGCAAUGGCAGCAACACUGCCCAGAGGCCCCUGCUAUCCCCUCUGCACCGAAGUGGGAGUGUAGAGGACAACUACCGCACCAAUUUCGUGUUCGGCCUUUCUACAAGCCAACAGCAUCUGGCCAAGUCCGCGGCUGGGCUGGGCCUCAAGGGCUGGCACUCAGACAUCUUGGCUCCCCAGGCUUCCGCCCCUUCCUUGACCAACAGCUGGUAUUUUGCCACUGAGUCCUCUCACUUCUACUCGACAUCAGCUGUCUACGGGGGCAGCGCCCGGUACUCCGCCUACAGCUGCAGCCAGCUGCCCACGUGCAGUGAUCAGGCCUUUUUGGUGCGCAGGCGGCAGAAGCCCAACGACCGAGCUGAUUCGAGGCGGAGCUGGCAUGAGGAGAGCCCUUUUGAAAAGCAGCUAAAACGCAGGAGCUGCCAAAUGGAGUUUGGAGAGAGCAUGAUGUCAGAAAACAGGUCACGAGAAGAACUGGGAAAAGUGGGCAGUCAGUCGAGCUUUUCAGGUAGCAUGGAGAUUAUUGAAGUAUCCUGAGAAACCAUGGAUAUGGGUGCGUGUGGACUCUAUUUGAAGAUUUUCAUCUUCCUCUUUAUGAAAAAGAAAUUCCCUGUAAAUCUGAAAUAUAUGUAGGGACGUAUAUAUUUUUGGAAAGUGGGGCUUUGGUGUAAAAGCUGUUUUCUCUUCCUGUAACGUCUCCAUGUGGGAGAGCAGCUAAUUUUUCUCCCAGUUAAAAGCGGAAGGGCACAUGUCGAAGCUUUUUCCCUGGACCGACGAAGCCUUCGUAUGCGAUAAAUUGCACAUCUUCUUGUUCUCAUAAAAGAAAGCUUUAUUGGUAAUAGAAGACGGCACCGUUUCCAAGUCGUGCUACUAAUAAUUCUCAGCAAUGAGUCCUUACCCGAUUCUUUCCCAGUGCACCUUAGCCCUGAAACUGAGCCAGCUUUGGGGUCAGGCGGGUAGACCCUGUUAGGGACAGAAACGCAGUAGUGAAUCCAAAAGAAAUAAGUGACUGCCACCGAGGCCCAUCUGAGCAUCAAAGCACAGUCAGUAAAAUCAGUGACAUGAAAUAGCCUUCUAACGGACGGGCCAAUAGGUGAUUUCCAAGAGCUGCUUGACAAAAAGCAAAAAACCAAGUACCUCACAUAGUACAAUUAGGGCUUUUACCACUACCCACUUCUGGUAGCCGGUCCUGCAAGCAUUGUGAAUAAGGAGUUAGCUAGUCAUACUUUUAAGGGCAAUUUAAGCUGUCCAUGCACAAAUUUCCAGUUGGGCCUAGAUUGUGAGUUUAAAAAAAAAAAGGUUUUAUUCUCUGGUUUGGGAAGGAAAAGUCUGAAAACCGUCUCAUAGUUCACUUAAAUAGCUAGAAAUCAGGCACUCUGCUGAUUUAAACGGCAACCAGCGCUUAGGCAAGUCUAUUUCCAUCCUACAGUUCAAGUUGAAACUUCAGAAAAGUGAGAUCACUAACCAUUGUGUUUUCUUUAAAACCAAACGUGUGUUGGGGGGCAACAGCAAUGGCUUGGGUAUUCUCGGCCAGUGGUGCGGGAUUUCCACCACUCAUUGCUGAAGUUUAGUCACCGUGCAACCUGAAGGCAUGGGAGGAUUUAUGGGGAAGAGAGAGCUUAGGGAAUGGGAGAAUGUAUCUCCUUCCCCAGCAGCAUUUCUUUCCUGAGUCUAGGGUUCCAAUGGUGGUGUCUACACUUUCCACAAUUAGAUUCUCAGAUUUAUCAGUCAAAGCAAGUUCAAAACAUCAAGUAGAGGAAGGGCUGGGGAACACUGUGGCAUUCUCUUCACAAGCAGUUCCCCAAACGUGAAAAGCCAUGUUUUUUGGGUAGAAGGGGGCAAGAAAAAAAGAGCACUUGGUCCUGAGCAGUAAUCACUGGAUGGCCAAUCACUCCAGGCAGCUGAAAAUAGAAAGUGAUAAUGGCAGGUAGGGAAGGGAUAUCACUUAUUUCCUUUUAAUCUUUAAACUUUUUAAGCUUGAGUCUUGUCAACUACAUUGUGGUCCUCAUUUGAAGCCUUAAUUCAUGUCAGCAACUUGGUUUGUGUUUUGUUCUGUUUUGUCUAUUUGUCUUUUUUUUUUUAUUCCUCUUCAAGGGUAGCUAGUUGCUGACUCAAAUCUCAGGUUUUUUAUAUGGUGAGAAAUGGACAGGUCUUUUUGACCAGGAUGUGACUUACAUUUCCUGUGGUGACUGCAAAAAUCCAGCCCAGAGCAGCACAACGCCAAGACGAGCGCAGUUACUCCCAAUGAGUGUGAGGGCUCCGCUGGUGGCCCGCUGGGUGUUUGGGCACUGCACGCGGGGAGGGAGGGCAUUGACCACCCCAGAGAGUGCCGCUGGGUUUCUGUACGUGGAGAGCUUAACGCAGACCCAUUCUCAAGGUGUCACGUGGACAGGCAUUCUGAAUGUGGCAUCUCUCGAGACAUAUCAACUCCUCAACUGCUCAGUAUUCAAGUUAGUGAAUGGAGCCGAGUCAUUCAUUGAUAGUAAUCAUCUAUACAGGGACAAUCGGGCAUCUCCAUCUCCGUCUGGAUGGUCACAUUUCUUCCGCUGUCGUUUCAGCCUUGUGGACUUUUCACAAAGAUUGGGAGGACUCGAUCUUUUCACGAAGGUGACCACCACGGAAGCCUGUCAACAGAAACCCAAAUCACAAAGCCCUCCCUGGCUUUCUGUUCCAUGCAGCUCUUGGCCAGGGUCACCCCAGAACUGUUGUGGAUUCUGUGGGGUGAGAGGGGGGCCUCCAGACCCCUCGGACAGCGCUGGGGGACACACACUCAAGAAUCCAGGCCUAGGGGAGACUGUAAAGCCAAUGUAGCGGUAGACAGGAUGGUGAUUCAAAACAAAACAAAAUCAAAACAAAAAACUACCAACUAGAGUUCUUCAAGAAAUGCUGGAAACGGUUUUAAGAUGUUUGUCAAAGUUAGGGGGCUGAUUCUGUAAAUGUUGAAUAUGAAUAUAAUGUUCUUUGGUGUAAGGCAAGCUACAGACGUGGUUAAAAAUUGUGCAUUUCUCACUUUGUGUCAUGAACAUUCUUGUAUGUUAAUAUGAGGAAUAAAAUCAGAAUUGGUACCUGUUUA